AUGGUCCGAAAUAUUUGCGUCAUUGGGGGUACCUCCCACCCACACUUGACUCAACAGAUUUGCAGCGUUCUGGGGAUACCCCCUGCGGAUGUCUUGCUUUCGAAGUUCGCUGUGGGCGAAACCAGAGUUGAAGUCAAGGAGUCGGUCCGUGGGAAAGAUGUCUACAUUAUCCAAUCCGGUGGUGGAAAGGUCAACGACAUGUUGCUGGAACUGCUUAUUACCAUUUCGGCCUGCAAGACCGCAUCCGCUAACCGUGUGACCGCGGUUGUCCCAUUGUUCCCCUACUCCCGCCAGAGCGAUAUCCCCUACAACAAAUCCGGAGCCCCCCUCGCCAAAGCUCCGCCUGCUGGCAAGCCAGGCUCCAGCAAUGGCUUCACCUUCGAGAGUACCCCACCAACCCCGCUCCCCGGUGGCAAUGGGACGAACAACGCUGAAAGCUUGCAAAAGGGCGUUGCGAAAGCUCAAUUAGAGGAGUUCAACAACAAGCGCCCCGCGAACGGGCUGCCUCGCAGCGACACCCUGGAUUCGUUGAAGUCGGAUUCCAGCCGGGCUGCUGCCUCGAACGUCGUCAUUGAUGACAACGCCAGCAACACUUCUUCGUUGAAGGUCCACGAUUUCCAACCGCGCCCCGGAUACAGGCAAUGGGUUGCGCAGGCGGGUACCUUGGUCGCGGACCUGCUUACUUGCGCUGGAGCAGAUCACAUCAUCACCAUGGAUCUUCACGAUCCCCAGUACCAGGGAUUCUUUGACAUUCCUGUGGACAACUUGUACGGGAGACCGCUUCUCAAGAGCUACAUUGCGCAAAACAUUCCCAACUACAAGCAAGCCGUCAUUGUCAGUCCGGAUGCGGGUGGUGCCAAGCGCGCUACUGCGAUCGCAGACUCGAUGGGCAUUGACUUUGCUUUGAUUCACAAGGAACGCCGCCCAACAAAGAUCACAGACCGCCAAAACGCGACCAUGAUGCUGGUCGGAGACGUACGAGAUCGCACAGCCAUUCUCGUCGACGACCUCGCAGACACCUCCAACACCAUCACCCGCGCCGCCAAGCUUGUCAAGAAGGAAGGCGCCGCCAAAGUCAUCGCCCUGAUCACGCACGGAAUCCUGAGCGGAGACGCCAUUGACCGCAUCAACGCCAGUGCCCUCGAUAAGGUCGUCGUGACCAACAGCGUCGACCAAUCAGAACACUUGCGCCGAUGCCCCAAGCUGGAGGUUCUGGAAGUUGGUCAUGUUUUUGCCGAGGCUAUUCGCCGUGUUCACCACGGAGAGAGUAUCAGUGUGCUCUUCCAGUACGAUUGA